AACGACAGGAGGCCCCGCCCCCUCGCUGGCCUCCUUGACUCUGCCUCGCCUGGCGGCAGAGCUUCAGUCCCUGAGAAGAGCUUGAGUCAGACGGAGGCGGUAUGUGCGAGCCCAGCAAGCAGGACCUGGCCGCCGUCUUCAAGCGGCUCCGCACCGUCCCCACCAACAAGACAUGUUUCGACUGUGGAGCAAAAAAUCCAAGCUGGGCGAGCAUAACAUAUGGUGUUUUUCUGUGUAUUGACUGCUCAGGGACUCAUCGGUCACUUGGAGUUCAUUUGACUUUUGUUCGGUCUACAGAAUUAGAUUCUAACUGGUCAUGGUAUCAACUGAGGUGUAUGCAAGUUGGAGGAAAUGCUAAUGCUUCUGCAUUUUUCCAUCAGUAUGGUUGCACAACAAAUGAUGCCAAUGCCAAGUAUAGCAGUCGUGCUGCUCAACUUUACAGGGAAAAGAUUAAAUCUCUUGCAACUCAUGCAACUCGGAAAUAUGGUACUGAUUUAUGGAUAGAUGGCUGUGGAGUUCCUCCCCUAUCACCUCAGGAAAAAGAGGAAGACUUCUUUUCAUCGCAUGUUUCUCCUCGGAUUAUUAAUACAGAAUGGGAGGCAUCACAUCAGGAGACAGCUAGUCUUAAGCAGAACCUAGCAGAUAAUUCAGAAAGCAAAGAAGAAGAACCUGAAAAUGGACCAAGUGUUGACUGCCUUAGUGUUUCACCGCAAGCAUCACUAGCCAGCUUGGAGAAUGUAAAUACUUCAGGCACCGCACCUAGCAAAGAGGCUAGCUCUAUGCUGAAGAAGAAGUCAAACCAAGUGAAAAAGGGGCUUGGAGCAAAGAAGGGUGGUCUGGGAGCCCAGAAAAUGAGCAGUCAGAGUUUUACUGAAAUUGAAAAACAAGCACAAGCAGUAGACAAAAUGAAGGAGGAUCUACAUGCUGGCAAAAGAGCUGAGAAAGAAGAGCCUCUAGUAUCAUCUUUACGUUUGGCUUACAAAGAUCUUGAAAUUCAGAUGAAAGAAGAAAAGUUAAAUGUGGCUGGAAAAAAGAAAACAGAGGUAGAUAGACUUGGCAUGGGAUUUAGUAGCAACCGAAGUGGCAUUUCCCAUUCGGUAACGUCAGAUAUGCAAAUCAUAGAACAAGAAACACCUACAACUGUAAAGCCACGGAAGAAGUACAAUGAUGAUGACGACUCAUAUUUUUCUUCCCCUGGCUCAAGAUAUUUUGAUUCACCUGAGUUGAGAAGCAGCACUUUUUCUAAAUGGGAUGACAAUUCUGAUGCCUUCUGGCGGCAAGAGAGCUUGAGCAAAGACAUGGAAACGAUACUGUCUCCAAAACCUGCAAGCUAUUCAGAUAGGCCUUCCUCUCGUCGGAAAGCUGAUUAUGAACAUUCAUCAAAUACAGAUGAGGCACAAAAGAAAUUUGGCAAUGUUAAAGCUAUUUCAUCCGAUAUGUACUUUGGAAAGCAAGACCAUGCUGAAUACGAAGCCAGAAUUCGUUUAGAGAGGCUUUCUGGAAACUCUGCUAUAAGUUCAGCUGAUUUGUUUGAAGAUCAGAAGAAAUUGCCAUCAGGUGGUUACAAUAUUUCAAAUGUCUUGCCCAAUGCUCCUGAUAUGGCUCAGUUUAAGCAAGGAGUGAAAUCAGUUGCUGGAAGGCUUUCAGUCUUGGCAAAUGGAGUCAUGACUUCUAUACAGGAUCGGUAUGGUUCUUAACCAUUUUUAUUCAGCUGACUGGAUACACUGAAGAGUUUUUUUAAAUGUACUUCAGCCGGUGACCAUACUCUUGAUUUUACGUGAAGGUUGCCUUAAGGCUGUAGAAUAUUUUAUUCCAGUUGAUUUGGCACCUGUAUGUUUUACCACAUGUUUUUUUCUGCAUCCUAGUGUCUCUCAUUUAAUGUAGUCAUUUGUUAUCACUUCUGCUUUUAUUCUGUUACUUCAGCAUCUCCUGCUGUUUGCGUCUACCAUUAUUGUGCUAUGAAUGGUGUCCUGUGAUUGAUAUGACCUGCCUGACUCUCAGGCCAGAUUAAAAAAAAAUGCUGUUUUCUCUUACACGAAAUGGCUGUAGACUAGCUUUGAAUCCCUUUCAUAAGCUUUAGUUGUCACUUGCAGAAAAAGUGGCCAGCUGUUACUUCAAAGUGGAGCUUGUCCAUAUUUUACUCUUUCAUUACCCCCCUCAACACAGGGUGAGUGGCUUUCAAUCUUGUCUUAUUUACCUACUACAGCUUUUGUGGGAAAAGGCCUCUUUCGGGCUCAAUACUGGUCUGCUCACCUCAGAAUUGGCCCAAAAUGCCCACUACUAUUCCAAAGAAGCUUCUGGGGCUGAUGAGACAAUUUUUGCUCCAAAACUGGGGGACAGGGUUUAGUGUACUAUACAGCCUUAGGGACCUAUAUGCAGUCAUACUUUGCCCCACCAUAGAAAGCGUGUUUUGGGUACAGCAGUGCUUCAAGUCAUCAUAUGUGGAGUUCUCCUGUAAUAAUGUUUAAUCCAUUUGGGGUGCUUCCUAUACUAAGAGGUUUUCCCAACUUGAGCAUUAUUUACUUGGGCUAGUGCUCCUACUCUUGCUGCACAUAACUGAGAAGCAAUUGGGGUGGAGGACAUUUCAGUAGGUUCAGAAAAUGGGCAUGGUCCAACACAGAGUUACACAUCUGUUGAUUCCAGUAGGUGAAAAUGUGUUUAAUUGUGAGUUAGCCUGUAUCCAUGAUGUAUGGAUAGUUGAAGGAAAUACUGAAAUGAAAGUUAAGCACUAUAUUGUUUAGUAUGAAAAUGAAAUAGUCUUUAUAGCAAUGCUUAGAUGAGAGCAGUGAUCUUUCAUGUAAUUUUUCCUGGAACAGGCACAACUAAUUUGUCUUAAAGAUCUCAUUUUUGUGUUUGACAUCUAUUUAUUCAUAACAUUGAAGAUUUCUUUUGAACUGCAAUUAGAUGCUUUAAAUGCCUUUAAGCAAUCAAUAGGGUGUAUAAUAUGAGAUAUAUAAAUAUGGGAGGAAAGGAAAAAAUAUGGCUAAUACAGGGCCAAACAAGAAUAAUCUAAUAGAAUGUUUGAAUGUUAUAAGAAUUAUAACACCAUUUUGUCGAUUUAAAAAGAAAAUACUGAAUAUGUACAUUAAAAAAAAUGAUAUAGCCUGGCUGUGUUUUAGACAGCCUAGAACUGUAAUUGUUCAGAAUAAACUACGUCUAAACUGUUGUUUGAAAGAUUGCCAGAAGAACUUCAUUCCAUCAGUUCUAUGUUUCUGGAAGAGCUGCCAUUUCAACUCAGUAACAUUUGAAAUAAAUUCUAACUUCACAUGCCAAA